UAGGUAUAUAAAAUAGUUUCAAAAUUGUUGAAAAUAAACAGCAUUCUCUGCUCUGAGACGUUGGGAUCUUCUCCGUUGAAGGAGCUGAAAACUACAUCACGGUUGCUGCUAACAUAACAUUACAUUACAUUCACAUUAUGAAUUUAUCAAGCAAUUUGGAGCAAGUGGAUCCAAAUACAGGAGACAGCAGGCAAUAGGAACUCCAAACAGAUCACUCUUUAUUCCAAAGAAACAGUUACUGAACAUCACCAAAUAACAUCAAGGAUCCAGCGAAAAAUAAAGAGAAAACCAGGGCUUAAAUAGAGACUGAUGAGAGGACGAGGUGCAGGUGGAGAAAAAGAGCAGGGGGCUCAGGUAAGGGGAAUAAGGUGAUGAGGCAGAAGAACAGGCAGCAAGCUGAUUGGCUGAGAGAAACUGAGGAGCAGGAAGGACUAAUGAGGCUGACGUAAGACAGAAAACUGCAUUCACCUACAUGUGAAGCUGGUCCUCACAAUGGAUCUCUGUGAGGACAAUGAAGUUGAAGACCGCCAGAAACAAAGGCCAGUGUAUUAUUCCUGUUUGUCUUUGGAGGGUGACAGAGACCAGCUCUGUCUGAGAGAGAGACCAGGCUCUCCAACACCGAGCUAUAUGUCCAUAAAGAGUGACCAGUCCAAGGGAAUCCCUCUGGCCUUCAACAAUGAGACAAUUCCAGCUGUAAAACAUUCACUCAAUCAACCCUUUGAAAGAGACUCUGAAAAUGCCAGCUGUGUGUCUGCGAGGACUGACAGGUCCAGAGACGAGCCUCCGAAUCUCAGCAACAAGCCACCACCAGCGGACGCAGCUGAGCCCGAGCACAACAAUCAGAGCCAGAGGUCACUGUCUCCAACACCGAGCUGUCUAUCAAUAAAAAGUGACCAGUCCAAGGGAAUCCCUCUCGCUUUCAACAAGGAGCAUGUUAGAUCUGUUACAAAGGACGAGCUGUGUCAGGGACUGACACCAAAUUCUCCAACACUGAGCUGUCUGUCUCUGAGUGACCAAUCCAUCGAGAUCCCUCUGGCUUUCAACAUUGAGACAAUUCCAGCUGUCCUUGUAAAACAACCACUCACUGAAAAAGACUCUGAAAAUGUGACUGACGAUGUGCAAGACGUUUUAAAGAGCCAUCGGAUCAGUCUUAAAGAGAGGUUUCAGUACGUCAUGGAGGGAACUGCCGAAGAAGGAGGUGGAAUACAUCUGAGUACCAUUUACACAGAGCUCUACAUCACAGAAGGGGAGUGUGAGGGGAUCAAUACUCAACAUGAGGUGUGGCAGCUGGAGACAGUUUUCGCCCUCAAAACAUUCCAUGGAAGGCCAAUUGACUGCAAUGACAUCUUUGAACCUUCAGUUGGCCAAGACAGAUGUCUAAAAGUCUUGACUAAAGGCAUCGCUGGCAGCGGAAAAACGGUCUGUGCACAAAAAGUCAUCCUCGACUGGGCAGAAGGGAAAGCAAACAGCGCUGUGAAGAUCUUGUUUGUGCUUCCAUUCCGUGAGUUGAACUUGGUUGCGGGUAAACAGUACAGCCUGCUGGACCUGCUGAGCCUUUUCCAUCCAUCUGUGGAAAAACUCACAGAGGAGAUGCUCACAGCAUGGAAAAUUGCGUUCAUCCUGGAUGGCCUUGAUGAGAGCAGACUUCCACUGGAUUUCAAAUGCAGUGAGGUUGUGUCCAAGGUCACACAAAAAUCCACAGUAGAUAAACUACUGACAAAUCUGAUCAAAGGGAACCUGUUGCCAUCUGCUCUUCUCUGGAUAACCUGCAGACCUGCAGCAGCCAGCCUGAUCCCUCCUCAGUACAUCAACAGGGUGACUGAAGUACGCGGCUUUACGGACCCUCAGAAGGAGGAAUACUUCAAGAAAAGAUUUCGUGACAAUGUUCAAGCUGGAAAAAUCAUCUCACACAUCAAAACAUUAAGGAGCCUUCAGAUCAUGUGCCACAUCCCAGUUUUCUGCUGGAUGAUUGCCACAGUAUUUGAGUACCAGCAGAGUACAGGUAAUACAGGAGGGCUACCUAAGACCCUGACUGAGAUGUACUCACACUUCCUGAUGGUUCAGACGAAAAAGAAGAACAAUAAGUAUGGGCAAGCUGCCAUGGGUCAACAGGGGCUGAUGGAGACUAACAAGGAAGUUCUUCUGAAGCUGGGGAGGCUGGCCUUUGAGCAUCUGGAGAAAGGAAACCUCAUGUUCUACCGAGAAGACCUUGAGGAGUGUGGUCUUGAGGUGAAUGAAGCUGCACUGUACGCAGGUGUGUGCACAGCUAUCUUUAAAGAAGAGCGUGUACUCUUCAAGAAAACGGUGUACUGCUUCGUUCAUUUAAGCAUUCAGGAGUUUCUUGCAGCUAUCUAUGCUCACCACUGUUACUCAACACAGAACGUAAACGCCAUGAGGAGUUUCCUCAGAAGGGAUACCACCGCUCUUGCACCACCAGAACUUCUUGAAAAUAAGUUAUUCAGGAGAGCCAUGCCUGAAAUAUCACAUACUGAAAGCAAAAGCAGUAUGUCGUUAAAUGAGCUUUUGGAGGGUGCUUUGGAAAGGGCCUUGGACAGCAGGAAUGGCCAUCUGGACUUGUUUGUCCGCUUCCUUCACGGACUGACAAUCGAGUCUAAUCAGUGUAUUUUAGAAGGCCUGAUUGUCCAAAACUCAAGGCCAGAUGCCAUUAAAAAACAAAUCCGCACACUCAAAAUGGUACAGAGGAAGACAGCCUCAACAGAGAGAUGUAUCAACCUUUCUCACUGUCUGACAGAAAUGAAUGACCACUCAGUUGACCAGGAAAUUCAAGAGUUCCUGGAGUCUGAGAACAGAUCAAAGAAGAAACUUUCAGCAGUUCAGUGCUCUACUCUGGCCUACAAACUGCUGAUGUCAGAGAAGGUACUGGAAGAGUUUGAUCUCAGGACUUUCAACACAUUAGAUGAGGGGCGUAGGAGACUGGUGCCAGUGGUGAGAAACUGCAGAAGAGCUCAGCUUUCUGGCUGUGGACUCAAAACUGAAGAUGUUUGUGAUGUGGUUGCUUCAGCACUGAGCUCCAACCCUUCCCAUCUGAGAGAGCUGGACCUGAGCAACAAUGAACUUCAGGAUUCAGGAGUAAAGCUGUUGUCUGCUGGACUAAAGAGUGUGAACUGUACAUUGAGACAGUUAAGGUUAAAGCAGUGCAUGUUGUCUAAGGAGAGCUGUAAAGAGCUGGCGCCAACACUCAGCUCCAGUUCUUCUACUGUUAAAGAGCUGGACAUGAGCAACAACGAGCUGAGGGAUUCAGGAGUGGAGUUGUUGUCUGCUUUACUGGAGAGUUCAAAUUUACUGGAGACUCUGAGACUCAAUCAGUGUGGAGUAACAGAGAAGUCUUGUGAAUCAAUAGCAUCUGCUUUAAGCUCUGACAUGUCUCUCAAAGAGCUAGACCUGAGCAACAACGACCUGGGGAGCUCUGGAGCGACACUCCUUGCUGCUGGACUGCGGAGUCCAAAGUGUAAACUGGAGACUCUGAGGCUGUCAGGCUGUCUGAUCACAGAGGUCGGCUGUGUCUCCCUGGCCACGGCGCUGAGCUCUAAUCCUUCACAUCUGAGAGAGCUGGACCUGACCUACAAUCAUCUAGGAGACUCGGGAGUGGAGCUGCUUUCUGCUGGACUGAAGGAUCCAGACUGGAGACUGAAGACUCUCAGAGUGGAUCAUGGAGGAAAACACAGGCUGAUCUCUGGGCCAACGAAAUAUUUAUUCCGGCCCACACUGGACCCAAACACAGCACAUAAUAGCCUAUCUCUGUCUGAAGAGAGCGGACAGGUCUCAGGCUCAGAAAAAUGGCAUCAUUAUCCAGAUCACCCAGAGCGGUUUUACUUACAAGAUCAGGUUUUGUGUCAAGAGGGUUUGACUGAGUGCCACUACUGGGAGGUAGAUCACGUUGGUGGAGUUUUCAUCGGUGUGGCAUACAAAGAAAUCAGCAGAACUGGUUCCUAUGAAAGCUGGCUCGGAUACAAUGACAAGUCAUGGUGUGUCAGCUGUUUUGGCCAUAAAUACAUUGCAAUGCAUGACUGGAGGAAGACAAACAUACCGGUUGCCAUUACAUCACCCAGAGUAGGAGUGUAUCUGGACUGGCCAAGAGGCACUCUGUCCUUCUACCAAGUUUCUUCUGGCAGCUUAGUCCACCUGCACACUUUCCACUACAGAUUCACAGAGCCGCUCUACCCUGGUUUUUAUGUAGUAUACGAGUCAUCAUUGUCUCUGUGUUAGUCUUCUAAAACUAGUCAAGUUGCAGUUACACAAAUGCUUUACUCACAUCUUCAACCCGGCGGCAAGAUGGACACCUAAGCUUACCCUGGGAUUCCAUAAGCAGCAUGUCUAGAGCAUUACGGCUGCGGCACUGUUUUGCUUCGUCCUCCAUGUCCUCCUCUAUAUCCCACCAAGAGCGUCUGUGAAGCAUUUCAGAAGUAGAGCAUCCUGCCAGCUGAUACUGUAGACCUAAUGAGAUUGUGCUGAUUUCUUCAUUUUCCCUUAUUUUUAAUUUUUCCUUGAUUUUAGUGAUUCUACCAUGACACUUUGUUGGGCUGCAACCUGCAGUCCAGCCACUGCGAAGUAGAUCAAAGAAUUUUAUGUACAGUGACUGUUAUCAGGAGCAUUAAUUCUCCUGCUGGACAAAAUACAGAGGUGGAUACAGCUGGAUGGAGAAGCAGCAGAUGUGGGUGAUGUAAUGUUUUGGUCAAGUUAAACAUGAUCCCGAGUGUGCAAGGUGUUGAUGCAAUGCUGCUUGACUUCCUGCCUGGUACGAUCUGCUCUGUGCGUAAUGUGCCAGUGACAGACUCUAUGGAAUUUAGGGGUUAAUGUCAACUAUUAAGUAUCUGACUAAAUGUCUCCCCUUCUGUUCCUGAAUUAUGGCAUUGUCUAAUGGCCAGAGAAGUGUUUUUACAGAACGUUAUGAUGUCAGAUAUACCCAAAAGGAUAUCAAAAUGUUGAUGAAACUGCGAGAUGACUGCGUUUCCACUGAGUGAUUUUAUGCGACUUCUCCGCUGUCAAAAACACUCCAAGAAGCAUGGCGAUGGAUGUUCAAAACAUUAUUUUAUUGCUGCCACCACACUAGUCGCC